ACGUCAGCAGUAGAGACCUCCUCAUUCUCUCAGCACUUUCUCUUCCUGCUUCCAACUUUGUUGCACAUGACACUUCAUCAGGAACGAUGUCCGUGUUUCACCUGAACGCUCGCGGUGGAGAUGCCCGGAUUGUGUCCACAACAGACGCAUAACAGCAGCGUAUGAUCCAGAGCUUUUGAUUUCCACAGGUGCUUUGGCUGUGAAAAUGAGAUUCCGGUUGUUGAAGAAGAACUUUAUUGCGUUCCUCGUCAUUUUAAUUGUGUUUAUAAUGUUGUUUUACACCAUACGACGGACUAAAGAUGAAACAAACGUGGAGGUGACUGAAAAAGAGGUCUCACAGACUGCUAUAAUGGUUACAUUUGACUACGGGACCAUUGAGAAUAUGAGGAAGUCCGUCUAUGAUAGCAACUACCACCAGUUCAUUCAGAAUAGAGACAAGUUUCCAUUGGAUCCUGAGGUGGUUGUCGUCGUGCAAGUCCACAAUCGUCCGGCGUACCUCAAAAUGCUCAUACAGUCCUUGGAAAAAGUCACUGGAAUACAAAACAACCUUGUGAUAUUCAGUCAUGACUAUUUCUCGGAGGAAAUUUCCGAUAUGGUCAAAGGAAUCGGCUUCUGCAAGGUCCUCCAGAUCUAUUUCCCCUACAGCAUCCAGCUGUAUCCCAACGAAUUCCCAGGACAGGAUCCCAAAGAUUGUCCGAGAGACAUAUCGAAGGAGGAUGCCGUAAAAAAGGGCUGUUCGAACGCAGAGCACCCGGAUUCGUACGGACACUACAGGGAAGCGUCCAUCACCCAAACCAAACACCAUUGGUGGUGGAAGCUGCAUUUCGUGUUCGAGCGAGUGAGGGUUCUUCGGGGAUACAACGGCUUUGUCGUCGUCAUCGAGGAAGACAACUACCUUCUCCCAGAUUUCCACGAAUACUUCAAAUCCAUGGCCGAGCUCAGGAAAACCAAAUGCGGGGAUUGCGACAUCCUCGCCGUAGGCAACCAUAACGGUUUAUCAGGCUUCCACGAGCUUUCCAGCAAAACCGAGACGGCAGGAUGGCUGUCCACCAAGCAUAACAUAGGAAUGGGCAUCUCCAGAGAGCUCUACUACAAACUGAUGGGAUGCAAUCAUGCAUUCUGCACCUAUGAUGAUUAUAACUGGGACUGGACCCUGCAGAGCUUGUCUGGUACGUGCAUCUCCAAACCUCUCAAGGUUCUGGUGGCUCGUGGAAGUCGGGUUCUUCACACGGGAGAUUGCGGCCUGCAUCAGAAGGAGGAUUGCCGGCCGGAAAAGGCUCAGGAGAGGGUGGAUGAAGUGCUUAAAGAGGCACAGACGGCUCUUUUCCCUCCCGCUUUGACCUUGACGGACCACGGGCCGGUGGAGCAUCAGCCUCACAUGAAGAACGGAGGAUGGGGGGACGUUCGCGACCAUACGCUGUGCAUCAACUACGCAGCUCGACUCUGAGCUGGACGCUUUCACUUAUGACCGAUUAAGUGCCAUUCAGAACAUCAGGGUUAAAUGAUGCAGGUUAAAGGUUUUGCUUUCACCAAAAACAGGGAAAUGUGAGCUAUAAUGGUGUGUAUAUUGUGCAAAUUGCAGAUGAAUCUCAGGUCGAAUUUUCACAACAUAAUCAAAAAACAAAAUAUUCUCAUUACAGUAUAAUGCUUCUGAAUUUUCCCCCUAGUUUUUUUUAUAAUUACAACACUGAAAUAAAAACUAUUAUAGAAAAUAUUCUUGUGUU